UGCAUCCUCCUCCCUGGUGAAACGAGGGGGGGGGCCUGCUGUUAUAAAAGAAGUGUAUGCUCUUUCAACCUUCACACUUAACUUCCUUCUCCUUCAGUGAUCACUGACAUAACUUUAAGUCUCAGUUGUGUCUGUAAGAGCAGAAGCUAAGAUGACUUUCUACGAUGACAUUUACCCAUUCUACCCUCUACAAAGGACUCCGUUUAUCUUCAGCAGCCGCUUGCUCACCAUUAUUCUGGUCUUCGUUGUGUUAGCGGUCAGUCUUCUUCUCAUUCUGCCCGGGAUACGAGGGAAGUCGCGGCUCUUCUGGACAUUUAGAAUAAUUACCAGCUUGUUCAUCGGUGCCGUGAUAGUGGCACUCAACUUCACUAACGACUGGGCUGAGGCCAGAAUGACCACAAAAGCCACCUAUAAGUCUUUCAGCAACGCGGUGGUUAACGCGGAGAUCGGCUUGCAUGUCGGACUGUACGGCAUUAACGUUACGCUGAAAGGGAAUCCUGUUGUACAGUUUAAUGAGACCAUUGACUACAAUGAGAUGUUCACCUGGCAUAACACUAUUGAAGAAUAUGAGGAAGCUCUGGAGAAAGGUUUACCCAACCCCAUUCUGUAUAUCGCUGAAAAAUUCACCCCGAGCAGCCCGUGCGGUCUCAUCUUUCAGUACAGAUACUCUGGACGAUACGCUUCUGCAACGCUCUGGACAGCAUUUUGCUGCUGGAUGCUCGCCAACAUCCUCUUCUCCAUGCCAGUAAUCCGGUACGCUGGGUACAUGGUGAUUGCCACUGCUGCAUUCAUCUUCUUCUCCAUGAUCUCCUUCACCACCAUCAUGAAUGUGCCUCAGUGUGUUUUCUACAUAGGAACUGACUCCUUUGAAACAGAAUACAGCCAUUCGUUUUGGCUGGCCCUGCUAACAGGCAUCCUGUGCACCCUCAUCGGGCUUCUUGUGGUGAUGUUUGACUUUUUGGUCCCUGAGAAGAUGAAAGAGGCUUUCAGUGUCGGUGUCGACAGCUGUGAAGAUGAGGAUGAAUCAUACAGCGAGGGCUACCUGAAUUCAUUUUUCCUCGAUGGAGUGACAAUUUCACCAGUGAAUUUAAAAGUUACAGAGGAACAUUUAUGAAGCUGUGCAGAUUCCCUCUCAGGGAGAUUUCAUUGUUGAUACUUGAAGAUAUUUUUUGUUGAAUGUGUUACAGUUAAAGUGUCGACUUUCACAUGUGUUAAUUAUCUGUGUGAGCCUGUAAAUAAUAAUGUCUUAAAAUUUAGUCCACUGUAAAUGGUCACAUUUAUAAAGGUCACUCUCAUGUUGUAGUAGCUGUAAAUAAACAUAACUUUGUAUGGGAUCCAUAAAA